AGGAUAUGAGAGCAUCCAGAGAAGUCAAUAGGGAAUCAAUGCAGAUAUUCCCAAGAGCCAACGCAGACAUGCCAUGUUGUGUUGUGCUUUCCCCAGCCACACAGGAUCCCCAGAAGCAGCUCAGCGCAACCUUACUCAGCCCAAACAGUCACGUGAUGCACUGCUCGUUCGCUGAAUCGCCAAGAGGGCAGCCGAAUGGGGAAAGGGCGACCGCGGGGCGUCACUGGAUUGGAGCCAUGGCAUUCAGUGGAAAGGGCCGGAUUUUGAUGUCACCGUGCCCCUUUGACAGCGGCGUCCUCGACCAUCUCUUUCCAACAACACCAUCCGCCCUAAACCAGCCCUCCAGCAUCCGCCAUCCCUCAUCUCGACGUCUUUCUUUUGCUUGAACCAUUUCGUUUUCUCGUCUCUAUCUGGACAGUCUGCGCAAACCCGGGAGGUCUCGCAUUCAAUCCGCUGGUUCCGAGCCCAACUGCCGGUUGCGUCUGAAAAUCGAAAUCUUCUGCUCAGCUGUGCAGUCCCGUGUCAAUUCCCGCUGUUGGCGUUGACCCGUUGCCGUUGCACCACAUCUUUACACUCACGUCAGCGCAUCGGCGAAGUUUUAUCUCAAUCGCGACCAGUAUCCAAGUCUGUCGGCAGCAUCACGAUUUCGCCCCUAAUCUUGGUGCACACCGACCUGCCGUUACCCCCUGAACGCUAGAACACCGCUGCCAUGAGCGCCUCGACAAGAGUUGCGCGCCGGGCGCUGGUCGUCAACCCGUUCCAAGGCACCACCACUCAUGCCCUCCCUAGAUCCGCCCUCUUGGCCUCCUCGAUGCUUCUGGCACGCAAUGCGCAGAACUUGAGGUUUAACCGCCCUGCCACUGCUCUGCUUAUCCCAGUUCGGGGGCUCACCACCUCGGGUACCACUACUCAUGGCGGCCCGACGGGUGGCCCACCUCCGGGAUUCGAUGUCGAGAAGGCUAAGAAGCCUCUCCCGAAGGAGCCUUCCCCCAAGCCCAAGAGCAGUGAGGCUGCAUCCAAGCCAGCGGAGAAAACCAGCACCCCCGAGGCUGCUGCUGAUUCUUCUGCUACGCUCUCGCAGCUUGCCGCACAGAAGGAGCCUGCUGCAGAGAAGGUUGAGGCCAAGAAGGAGGAGAAGAAGCUGACGAUCGCACAAAAGAUCAAGAAGGAGGCUCUGCAUUACUGGGAUGGCACGAAACUGCUGGCCGCUGAGGUCAAGAUCAGCUCCCGCCUGGCUACAAAGAUGGCUGCCGGCUACGAGUUGACGCGGAGAGAGCAACGCCAGCUUCAACGUACCGUCCAGGAUCUCGGCCGGCUGGUUCCUUUCUCCAUGUUCAUCAUUGUGCCUUUUGCCGAAUUUCUCCUCCCCGUCGCGCUCAAGAUCUUCCCCAACAUGCUGCCCAGCACAUAUGAGGGGCAAAAGGACAAGGAUAAGAAGGCGAAUAUCCUUCGGGCGACCCGUAAGGAGGUCAGCGAAUUCCUCCGCCAGACCUUGAAAGAGACAGGCCUGCCACUUAGUCAGGCGACGGCCCAGAAGGAAGAGUUUACCAACUUCUUCCGCAAGCUUCGCGCCACUGGCGAGACACCUACGGCCGAUGAUGUGAUCAAGGUCUGCAAAGUCUUCAAGGAUGAUGUGACCCUUGACAACCUUUCCCGGCCGCAGUUGGUGUCCAUGUGCCGGUAUCUCAACCUCAACACCUUUGGCACCGACAUGAUGCUCCGGUAUCAGCUUCGCCACCGCAUGCGGCAAAUCAAGCGCGACGAUCGCGCCAUUGCCUAUGAGGGCGUCGACAGUCUUUCCGUGGCCGAACUUCAAAUUGCCUGCGCCAGCCGUGGCAUCAAGAGCUUUGGUGUCUCGCCUGCUAGGUUACGGGAAGACCUCCAGACUUGGUUGGAUUUGCGACUUCGGGAGGGUGUCCCCUCUACUCUUCUGGUUCUGAGCAAUGCUUAUAUGUAUGGCCAGACCCAGCAGGACAGCAGUGAUGGUGUCUCCAACCAGAUUGAAGCACUUACCAAUGUGCUUUCCUCCAUUCCGGAGGAGCUUUUCCACGAGAUUGAGCUCGAGGUCCACAAUGCUGAGGGUGCUGCCACCAAUAAGCAGCGUCUCGAAGUAAUCAAGGAGCAGCAGGAGCUGAUUAACGAGGAGCUGCAGCAAGACCAGGAGAACCAGGCGACAGGUUUCGCUACUCCCCGGGACACUGAAGACAUUGACGAGAAGGAGGAGAGACAGGUCCAGGCGGAGGCUGAGGGCAUCGAGAAGGCGCAGGUUGCCGAGGCUGUGGAUGCCGAGAAGGAUGGCCUGGAUGCCGCCAAGGUCCUCCAGAAAACCGAAGCUGCCGCCGCUGCUAAGCCUAGCGAGAAGCAGCAAUAAUCUGGAGAUUUAGCACGAUCAAAUUGGCUUCAUCCCCCAAAGCCCUCUACAGGGCUUGUCCCUCGGUGUACAACAACACAGCGGAACACACAUAUACUUUACUCACACACGCCACGGUCUUUUUUUCUUUGGAUUUAUUUUUCCCUCUUUUUAAUUCUCUUUUCUUGUGUGUGUGGUGGUUUGUUUGACUAGACAAAACCGAUAAUCAUCAUCAUUGCAUUACAUGUCAAGAUAGAGGAAAGCGAUGGGAAAUUUUUGGGAAGAAACGGCUAAGGGGUAAAGGAUAGGGGGAUGGUAAUGGCGGAACCACAAAGACUUGUGCUACUGUGUAUCCAUAGAAAACAACAGGCACCAGAAAUUCAUUAUCAGCGGGUGGCACGAUUCUUUCAACUACGACACUGUCAUGGGAAGGCUCGGUUGGGAGGUUUUUGUUUAUCACCGAUUACAGGUGUCUGUCUCUCUUUUUCUGUUUCAUUCAACCUCAUAGAUACUACUCUUCAUCAUUGACGCUGGAAGAAAAUAGCGUUGUGUAUACAAGAAUUGAAAUCUUUUCCCUUGCGAAAUCUCUCAGGCUCAA